AAACCUGGGUCCCCGUUAAACCAUGAACCCAUUAAAAUCCAUUUGCAUUUAGCCUCUUUUGGCGCUUAAACCUCAGUUUCUAGGGUUUUGUUUCAGUGUCAAACAAUCGGAAAAAUUCAACAAUCCAACAUUCAAUUUGGGGUUUUUCCGAUCAUGGACGUUGAUAUGGACACUUCUCCGAGCUACUUUGAUCCUCAUGACCUCAGCAUCAGGGAGCAAUUUCGUCGUUAUGGGAAGAGGCCAAGCACUUCUCCACUUCAAGAUAGUCCAGCCUCCAACUAUGGUGAAGGAAGGAUGUCUAAUACUGCAUUGUUCCUUGAAAACAUCAAACAAGAGGUUGAGAGUUUGGAUUAUCGAGAAGGAACGCCUUCCAGGACACAUUCUGCUUACAAAAGAAGAUCCCCUGAUAGUCAGAUAAUACCAGAAUUUCGCAGUGCCAUUGAUUCAUCUCACCGGGCAGGAAGCCAUUCGUUAAAAGCAUGCAAGAUCGAGGAGGAUGUGCUGGAUUCUGGCGAAACAACAUUUUCUUUAUUCGCUUCUCUUUUAGAUUCUUCCAGCCGAGGGCUUAUAUCAAUUCCUGACCUAAUUCUUCAGUUUGAAAAAUCAUGCCGUGAUGUUUCUGAAACUAUAAGGUAUGGCUCUACUGAGAGGCAUCGGAUUGUAGAAGACAGAUUAAUGCGACAAAAAGCUCAGCUCUUGCUUGACGAAGCUGCUUCCUGGUCACUUCUUUGGUAUCUCUAUGGAAAAGGAAGCGAAGAAAUUCCUGAAGAUGUUGUUCUGUAUCCAACAACUUCACAUCUGGAAGCUUGCCAAUUUGUUGUGUCAGAUCUCACUGCACAAUUGUGCCUUCGAGUUGUUCAGUGGCUGGAGGACCUAGCAUCCAAAGCCCUUGAAUUGGAAAACAAGGUUCGUGGAUCACAUGUUGGUACGUAUCUUCCUAGCUCAGGCAUUUGGCAUAAUACUCAACGACAUCUUAAGAAGAAUGAAAAAAGUCCGAAGACUGUAAAGCACUUGGAUUUUGAUGCUCCAACGCGAGAAAAUGCACUGCCAUUGCCUGAUGACAGAAAACAAGAUGAGUCUCUUCUAGAAGAUGUUUGGAUUCUUCUACGUGCCGGGCGAGUAGAAGAAGCAUGUGACCUCUGCAGGUCUGCUGGACAGCCAUGGAGGGCUGCAAGUUUAUGUCCGUUUGGAGGGUCAGACUUAGUCCCAUCCGUUGAAGCGCUAUCAAAGAAUGGUAAAAACAGAAUCCUUCAAGCUAUCGAACUGGAAAGUGGAAUUGGUCGCCAAUGGCGCCUUUGGAAGUGGGCAUGUUACUCUGCCUCAGAGAGGAUUGCUGACCAGGGUGGUGGAAAAUAUGAAACAGCGGUUUAUGCAGCUCAGUGUAGCAACUUAAAGCGAAUGUUUCCAGUUUGCAUGGAUUGGGAGUCAGCAUGUUGGGCAAUGGCCAAGUCAUGGCUUGAUGUCCAGAUGGACAUGGAAUUGGCCCGUUUGCAGCCUGGAAGAAUGGAACUCUUGAAGAAUUAUGAAGAGGCUAAUGGUUCAAGUCCUAGUCAAAGAGUUAGCAGUUCUGGAUCUUCGGGGGGGCUAGAAAAUUGGCCUUUACAAGUUCUGAACCAGCAACCACGACACCUUUCUUCUCUUAUUCAAAAGCUUCAUUCCAGUGACAUGGUACAUGAAGCUGUUACUCGUGGAUGCAAGGAGCAGCACCGACAGAUUGAGAUGAAUCUUAUGUCUGGAGAUAUACCACAUCUAUUGGACCUUGUUUGGUCAUGGAUAUCACCUUCGGAUGAUGAUCAAAAUGCCUUCAGGCCUCAUGGAGAUCCCCAUAUGAUUCGUUUUGGAGCUCAUUUAGUAUUGGUGCUUAGAUUUUUGCUUGGAGAUGAAGUGAAGGAUGUUUUCAAGGAGAAAAUAAUGAAUGUUGGUGAUCUCAUCCUUCAUAUCUAUGCAAUGUAUCUAUUUUCGCAACAACAUGAGGAGUUGGUUGGAAUAUAUGCUUCACACCUAGCACGUCAUCGUUGCAUUGACCUCUCUGUGCACAUGAUGGAGCUACGAUUGAAUGCUAGAGUACACAUUAAGUACAAAUUAUUUGUAUCUGCUAUGGAGUAUUUGCCGUUUUCUCCUGGAGAUGAAUCAAGAGGCAGCUUUGAAGAAAUUAUUGAGAGUGUAUUGUCAAGAUCUCGCGAAAUCAAAGUUAGCAAGUAUGAUAACUCAGCAGAUGUUGCAGAGCAACAUCGGUUGCAAUCACUUGAUAAAGCUAUGACUGUACAGUGGCUUUGCUUUACACCCCCAUCAACAGUUGAUGAUGUUGAAACUGUUGGUUCCAGGCUUCUUCUACGAGCACUUAUGCACAGUAACAUACUCUUCCGAGAAUUUGCUUUAAUAUCCAUGUGGAGGGUGCCAGCAAUGCCCAUAGGUGCUCAUAAACUGCUUAGUUUUCUUGCUGAACCCUUGAAGCAACCCACUGAAAAUCUUCUAGCUUUUGAGGAUCAUGAUGUUUCCGACUACCUGAAGGAGUUCAGUGAUUGGAGUGAGUACUACUCCUGUGAUGCAACAUACCGCAACUGGCUUCAAUAUGAACUAGAGAAUGCGGAGGUUUCUCCCAGUAAGCUAUCUGUGGAAGAAAAACAGAAAGUCAUUGUAGCGGCACAAGAGGCACUCAACUCUUCACUGUUACUCCUACUGAGGAAGGAAAAUCCUUGGUUGGUUCCAGGUGAAAAUCAAAUUUAUGACACAACAGAACCUGUGGUCCUUGAAUUGCACGCUACAGCGAUAUUGUGUUUGCCUUCUGGUGAAUGCAUGUGUCCGGAUGCCACCUUAUGUGCCACAUUGAUGAGUGCCCUCUACUCUUCGGUGACGGAGGAAGUUGUGUUAAAUCGACAAUUGACGGUCGAUGUGAAGGUUUCUUUUAGGAAUAAUUUCUGUGUUGAGGUUAUCCUUCGCUGCUUGGCAGUUGAAGGCGAUGGAUUAGGGCCUCAUGAACUGAAUGAUGGUGGUAUCCUUGCCAGUGUAAUGGCAGCGGGCUUUAAAGGUGAACUUUCUCGAUUUCAAGCUGGUGUCACAAUGGAGAUUUCACGACUGGAUGCUUGGUAUUCUAAUGCUGAAGGCUCCGUGAAAGAUCAAGCUGCAUACAUUGUGCGUGGUCUCUGUCGCAGGUGUUGUCUUCCAGAACUGAUUUUACGCUGCAUGCAGAUGUCUGUUUCAUUGGUGGAGUUGAUUGAGGUUCCUGAGAGGCAUGAAGAGUUGAUUGAGCUUGUUGCUUGUCCGGAAACAGGAUUUAUUCGUUUAUUCAGUCAACAGCAACUGCAGGAAUUUUUGCUGUUUGAGAGAGAGUAUUCAAUAUGCGCAAUGGAGCUUCAGGAAGAACGCUCUAUGAGCGCCCAUGAACAGCUGUACCAGUCACAGGUUCGAAUCCCUCCACCGACAUGUGUCAUAGGGCAGUAAAAUUGUAAGAAAAUAUGUACAUUCGGGAACAUAAAAGGACAAAGAUAAGGGGGGGAAAUGAUUUUGAUUUUGAUUUUGAUUUAAUUCUUUGGAGUAAGAACUCUCCUCUUUAGUAACUUGUUGCAAAGAUAAAUCUAUGUAUAAAUCUACUGUGGUGAAAUCAA